AUGGCAGUUUCCAGAAGGAAGGAUCAGUUGUGGACGGAGAAGCGGGAGUCUGAGCUUCAGAGAUCACUGAAGAAAUGGUUUGCAAUUGUUGGGAAUUGGUGCUCCUUUGACGUGCCCGACCUCCAUGACAUCACGGUGAGCAAGCGCUGUCUAGGUGUGGACCCACUCGUCCACUCCCCUGGCAAGUCUCUUAUGCCGGCACCAGCAGACGAUGGAACGGCUUUGCAACGGUCGCUGGAGAGUGACGAGGCAAGGGUCAUACGCUUAGUGGACAAGUUGCUUUUGGAAAUCCAGUCUGGGUAUUUCAAUCCAGAUUGCAGCAGGGCUGGAAGGUUCAACAAGCAGUGCAUGCCUGAUCCCAGUUCAGAUGUUGGUGCACAGUCUUUUAAUGACAGUGAUGGUGAAAACUUUUUCAUGGAAGAAACGAUUGACAAGAAGUUGUCGGAUGCUGUGGAAGUGGUUGAGACGCAAACUGCAGAGAUUGAUGAGGAUCAUUAUACGAGUUCCUCUUCUGACAGUGAAGCUGAAAGCGUUGUGCUUGAGGCGCCAGUCAGGGUCUUCUUGCCCCCACGAGCACCGGAAGGGUACCAUUUCAUGCAGCACAGGCAGAGAUGCAAUGAGCUGUCAACAGCUACACUGAAUUUGAACGAUUUGCUGCGAGCGCAGAACAUUGCAAGCUUCUCUGAACUGGCGUUUGCUUGUGGGGCACCUAACAAGGCGCCAACAGAUGAUGAAUUCAGGGCCUUCACCACCUCCAUUUUGGGUGCAGGAUUCACAGCAGGCGAAACAGAACCUUCACAUGCGUUGCUGGACAAGUGCCAACUCAUGUACGACACAGGGGCAGUGGUAUGGAUAUCACCUUCCUUGUGUACCAAGCGAGAAUCUGAGGUCCAGGCUGCCCCAAAAGAUUCGCAACAAGUGCUACGGAUCGAAGCCCAGACCUUGAAAGUGAACACAGAGGGGCCAAAGGUUGCUGACGCAGACCAUGGCUCUGAGAUCAAACUGCAAUGGUGCCUUCAAAGGCGUGGAGUGGCAUUUGAGAUGUGCGAGCUGGUUUCUUGGGAAACUUCCCAAAAGUGGUUGGCUACAUUGUUUGCGGCCUAUUCUACAGAUCCUCCACCUGGGUUUGCAAGGGUCACUCUUCAACAACUUGUAGCGGCAGACAAAGCGAUGUGGACAAUGUUGGCCAGAGACAUCGCGUCAGUCAAACCUGACAUCAAUGGGAAGAGGCCAUUAGACGAAGCAAUUGAGAAAUUGAUGCACGACCCUCGCAUCACCAUGUACAUGUUAGCCUUGCCCACGCGCAGUCCUGCAGCAGUCGCAGCAGCGCCCAAAUCUUCUGGGUCCACUCAUGCAGCAGGCACAAUUCAGCCGAAGAAGAAAGCCAGGCCUAGCAAGAGGAAUCGCACCCAGCCAACUCCUCCUGAAGAGUUGAAGACUUGCUACCAGCAGACGGCCGAUGGGAAGCCCAUAUGCUGGGCCUACAAUUUACAGAACGGUUGCACCUUGGAAGCCACGGGACAGCCGCCCAAGUGCCGCAAAGGACACCCACGCUUCCUACCCUAUGCUGGGAGCCCGCAUUUGGACACUCUUUUGAAGGCAAAUUUGGGACAGAACUGGAAAGACUUGGAACGACACAGACUCUCCUUUUUCAAGCGAUGGCUGGCUCGAGCAAAAGAACUUGAGGUGGAUGAACGCAACCUCAAAGAGCCCCCAAAGCUGACCUUUGAGGCUUUGCUGCGGUCGUCGUUGGGGCUACAGGAAGCGGUUCUUCAAAAGGUUUCGGAACCAGACGACGAAGGUCUUCACCGUGUUUGGUGCAGUGCUUUCUUCGAUGAUUUCCCCACCAUGUCGGUGGCUGCGCUGUCAAAAUCAACAGAUCAGUGCGUGGGGCUGCUUUUUGACAUGCUCGGCAUCCAGUUUGCAAAGGAAGGAAAGAAAAGCCAAGCCUUCGGGCCAGAGAUGAAAGCCUUGGGUUUAAUAUUUGACUUGUCGCAAUUUGAUGAAGGGGUGGUAUACAUCAAACACACCCCUGAACGGAGAGCAGAGCUUCUUGCAAAGAUCAACAGCAUACUGGAACAAGACUCCCUCACCCCGAAGGAGGCUGAGUCAUUCAGAGGGCGUAUUCAAUGGUUUGAGUCUUACCUUUUUGGGCGUAUAGCCAACCUCUCUAUACACCGUAUUGGCAAGAGAGCGCAACAGAAGGGGUCCAAAACCAAGAGCAAACUUGAUGAUGAGCUGCGCUCCUCCUUGAUUUUCUUGCGUACAAGAGUCCAGACCGGCUCACCCCUUCUUUUGACAGCUGAAACGGAGGACUCAGUUUUGAUAUUUACAGAUGGAGCUUUUGAUGCAGAAAAUUUGAAGGGUUCAGUUGGUGGAGUGCUUCUUGAUCACAAGGGCAGACCCUUGCGCUUCUUCAGUGAAAACCUUCCAGCCUUGGUGAUGAAGCGUUUUCUGGAGGUUUCUGAUAACCCUAUUUAUCUCAUUGAACUUUUGGCCGGCUACAUAGCGGCGUUCCUUUGGGGAGGCUUAACGACUGGCAGAUACGUUGUCAUGUACAUCGACAAUGAAGCAUCACGCUUGGCUUUAAUUAAAGCCUACUCCUCAACACCGAUGGGAAAUGUCAUUGUCCAGAUGUUUGUAUCCAGCGAAGACUCAUCCCAAUGGAAAGUUUGGUUUGGUCGUGUCUGCAGCUACUCUAACAUAGCAGAUGCCCCGAGUCGCAUGGAAGUUCAAGACUUGGUGACCCGUGGUGCAAUGCAAGACAAAUGUGCCUGGGAUGUGAUCCUGCUCAAACUUGAAGAGACUGAGCACAAUUUGGGAUUGGGGUGA